UUCCUGGAUAAUUGUUAUUAAAUUGAUUCUUCUGGUUUACUCUCUGAAUACACAUAAAGAAAGAGAAUAACUUCAGUUGGAAGAGGACUCUGAAAGUCAUCUCUAUAGUCUCACACACUGCUCAAAGCAUGCCUUACUAGAUCAAAUUGCUCAGUGUACAAUUAAUAGGUAUACAAUCAAUAAGUGUGCAGAGGUUAGGUUUGUAAGAUUAUCACAGUGGAAAGAUAAUCAAAAUAAAUGGAAAUGCUCACCAGUGUCCUAGGCUCACAGUAAACUCCCCAAGGUGCAAUCUCCAGAAAGAGACCCUUUCUCAGUAGCAGUCAACACUUAAAAGGGGUCUACAAGAGAUGGAGCCAGGCUCCACCCAUUCCAGUAGCACAGGUGAAUUGCCUUCACCUGUGCUCCUAUGGCUGACUCAUUGCUUGCCUCGUGAUCAACAGUUAGUAUACACUCAGGAAGUUCUCUAGUUGAGUCUCGAUCACUUGUUCAGCUAAACGAAUAUCAAAUUAGCAUAAAAAUUGCUGAAAAAACUGUUCUUUUGUGGAUGCCAGAGCUUUCAUGUGCGAGUCUGCACAGCAUUAACCAAGGAAAUUUUAGUAUUAUUCUUAAUAUCUUAAAAUUGUUUUGGCAUCAUUGAAAUUCAGUGAUUACUAUUUCAUCAUUACAGUGGUGAAAGUCAUAAAAGCUAUCAGUGUUGUAACUCGGUACUCCUAAUGUAAUUUCCAUGAAGGAAAUAAGAACAUUUUCCGAUGCAGUAUUACAGGUGUGAUCUCACAAGGAUAGAGUAGAGUGGGAGAAUGACUUCACUUGACUUCCUAGCUACAUUUCUUUUUAUGCAGCCCGGGAUAUGAUUUUGGCUGCAAGUUUUUCAUCCACCUUUACAUGCCAAGUCCUUCUUCAAGGGCUGUUCCCAAUCCAUGCAGCAGCCAGUCUGUACUGAUGUUUUGGAUUGCCCUAGUCCAGGUGCAGGGCUUUGCACUUGGCCUUGUUGAACUUUAUGAGGUUCACACAUGUCCACUUCUCACACUUCAUCACAUGUUUCAGGAUAGCAUUCUUUCUUUCCAUUUGAAGUGUCAAAUCACCACUCAGUUUGGUGCCAUCUGGAUACUUGUUGAGGAGUCCUCUCAAUCUCAAUAUCUCUGUAGACAAUGAAGGUAUUAAACAGCACUGAUCUGAAUACAGAUGCCUGAGAGACACUGCAUAUCACUGUUCCCUGCCAGGACAUUGAGCCAUUGAGCACACAACUUCAUGUGCUGCAAACACAAAUACCUGAUAUAGCAGCUUUCCUGGAAAUAUUUUAUUCAGACUAUAAAAAAUUUGAGCUUAAAACAAUAAAGUAAUUGAGUUGGUAAGAUAUUUUUCUUUUUCAUGUCUGCAGAGAAGAUUAGGGGACAAGUCAGAUAAUUUCUGAUAUGAAUUGCAGUAUACUCUGAAAUAAUUCACUGCCAGAAAACAGAGCCAUCCACUACACAUUAAUGACUACUGUUUGUUAUUUGCAGUCUCAUCAGUGUCAAUGAAAGGGAAUUAAUUUCUGAUCUUUUCUAUCUUGAUUCCUUCCCCAAACAAGUAUAAUAAUUAGUUUCUGUAUUAGUAAACAGUAAAAAUGUCUUCCUGUUGCUAGCGCUUCUAACUUUUCUUUCUGAACUUCUUUAUUAUGAAUUAACUUUUUUUAAGCAACAAUCCCUUACUGCUUCUAUAAAACAUGUUUGUAAUAGAAACUGGUUUCACCAUUCUCUCUUGUCCAUGACAAAACAGGCCUGUCUUAGCGCCUUGAUAGAUCUACCCAAGCAGCUAGAUACUAGUUUUUUGCACUUUUUAGAUAAGUUGGACUUGAUUUUUCCCCCUUAUUUUUUCUGGCUUAUAACAAAUGAGUGACAUCCAUAGUUUCAGAGUUUUGGCUUGCUGCUUUUUAUAGUUUUAUUCCCAAGCCUGGAAUUCACCCAUUGAAUGUAUCAGUAUUACUGUACUUAGCCUUUCGUAUGCAGAGAUUGAGGCUACAUUUUCUGGGGAAAAUUUCAUGGGAAAGUAAGUAUAUAUUGGGGAAAAUUGCAUGGGAAAGUAAGUAUAUCAAGUAAAAAUAACAGAAAAAUCAUUGCAUACUUUCAAUUCCACAUUUACUUAAUAGAUGGUGAUUAUGAAGAGAAAUUGUUGCUGUCUGCUGAGGGUUCAUCUCAACACUGGCAGUGGAGAGGCUUUUGCAGUUCUCAGUGAAAUACAUAGUAGUUACAAAAAAAGUGUAAACAUGCACUAGUGUUUUUCCCCUUUACUAAGCUCUAGUAAAUAAUCACUUCAAGGGUAAAUAGAAGUGCUGCUUUGUUACUAAAUCUUUAUCUCCAAAUAGUUUUAUAGUUUAUCAAAUUCUAAGGCUUAAUCACUUGAAAAAUGCCUGUAGCAAUCAGACCCAAAAUCUACAGCUUUUAAGCUGAGAUUUUAUCUUAAAACACAGUGAUGUCAUUGCUUUCUUUGUUUAUGAACUUACUUUGCCUUUUGUUCACCAUCCUUACUGUAACUUUUCUAGAUGCAAGCAAGCUGUGAACGUAAUUUUUUCUUGCUGCUAUCAGAAGUUCCCAAAUCCUUUCUGUAGCAUCUAGGGGAUGCAAUAAAAGAGUGGUGUUGCGGAGUAACCAGAGCUUUCUGUUCCAGUCAGCAUUGUCUCUUUGGACUCACUGUGCCUCUUAGUGGGGAGAAUUGGCUACACACACAAAAAAAGUGUAGAUAUGGUUUUCCAUGCUUACAGAAUAGCUAGUGACAGCAUCUCAAGGAGAAGCAUAUAUUUGGCUGAGGUUGGUUUAAUUUUACCUCAGCUUUUGCUUUGCAUUUACUUGGAAAACCAUAUAAUCAACUCUACCUUAUUUUCACUAGGGAUAUUGUUAUCAAUAUAUUGGUUAAUUACGUGGACUUUGUGCCAUCUCAUUGGAGAAAAGGAUUUUUGAAAGGAUAUUGUCAGGCAACACAGAUCUGAAAGGAAAGAGAAGAAAUACAUAGAUGAAUGCUGGAAAAAUGUCAAUGUUGGAGACUUCAUCCGGCUUUCGUGUAAUGAAAUUAUUCCUGCUGACAUGGUGCUGUUAUAUUCCAGUGACCUGGAUGGGAUCUGUUACAUUGAAACUGCCGGUCUUGAUGGAGAAACCAAUCUAAAACAGAGGCAGGUGGUGAGAGGAUAUUCAGAGCAGAUCUCUGAAAUUGAUCCAGAAAAAUUUUCUGGUAGAAUAGAAUGUGAAAGUCCUAAUGAUGACCUCAAUCACUUUCGAGGCUUUGUUGAGAAUUCAAGCAAGGAUCGAGUGGGCCUCAGCAAGGAGAACUUACUGCUGCGAGGAUGCACAGUAAGAAAUACAGAAGCUGUUGUAGGCAUUGUGGUAUAUGCAGGUCAUGAAACCAAAGCCAUGCUGAAUAACAGUGGACCUCAUUACAAGCGCAGUAAAUUGGAAAGAAAAGUGAAUUCUGAUAUUCUGUGGUGUGUUCUGCUUCUAAUUUUAAUGUGUUUAACAGGUGCAAUUGGCCAUGGAAUUUGGUUAAGUAGGUAUUCAGAAAUACCUUUUUUUAACAUCCCUGAACCAGAUGGCAAAUUGAUUUCUUCUGUGUUAGCAGGGUUCAAUAUGUUCUGGACAAUGAUCAUUUUAUUACAGGUCUUGAUUCCUAUUUCUCUGUAUGUUUCAAUUGAAAUUGUCAAACUGGGACAAAUUUAUUUAAUACAGAAUGACAUUGAUUUUUACCAUGAGAAAACAGACUCUACAAUUCAGUGUCGAGCAUUGAAUAUUGCUGAAGACCUUGGCCAGAUUCAGUAUAUCUUCUCAGACAAGACUGGAACACUCACUGAAAAUAAGAUGGUUUUUCGGAGGUGCAGCAUUGCAGGACAGGAGUAUUGCCAUGAAGAAAAUGCAAAGAGGUUGGAAUCCUAUCAAGAGAAGGAUUUGAAAGAUGAGGAUUCAGCUGAAGGUCCUUGUGCCUCUUUGGGCCACACAUUAAAAUGGAGGGGACACGAUUGUGGAGCCGAGAAUGAAUCUUUGAACAGAAAGUCUUCAAAUCUGUUAUCUGGUAUUUAUCCUGAAUUAGGAAGGGAGCAUUCAUCAGGUGAUGCUCCCUGCUCAGGACAUGUUGCUUUCAGCAGCUGCAUUGAAACAGAUGUUGUACCAGAUACACAACUGCUGGAGAAAUUUAGACGUGUUUCUUCUCUUUCCUAUCAAGAAUCAGAAGAAGGUAUCAGCAAGUUAGGUUUGGAGACAAUGUAUAUCACUGACUUCUUUCUUGCUCUGGCAAUCUGUAAUACUGUUGUUGUUUCAAUCCCCAAUCAGCCACGUCAGAAGAUGAGACGCUCUUCACUGGGAAGAAUGCCUAUUAAAUCCCUUGAGGAAAUCAGGCAGAUGUUCCAGAGGUUGUCAGUCCGUAGACUAAGUUCGUCCCCACUUCCAAGUAUAAAAGAGUCAUCAUCUGAAAACCCAAACAGUUUUGUGAGCAAACUGUCUAUUUUCAGAAUGAAACCGGCUUCACCUGCUUUGGAUGGGGCUGCUCAAAAUGCUGCUGAGCCUCACAAUCUGAACAGCCCAGAAAAUCCCCAGUUACCCAAAGAAUGUUAUACAGUGAAUGUAGCUGCUGGCUGUGAAACCCACAGUGCUGAGUCGUCUGCUGAAUGGUCUCCCUUACCUAAGCUUUGUUAUGAAGCUGAAAGUCCAGACGAAGCUGCCUUGGUCCAUGCUGCUAAGGCUUAUAAAUGUAUUUUACAGUCUAGGACUCCUGAUCAAGUAACUGUGGAUUUUGCAGAUCUGGGAUCUUUAACAUUUCAGCUUUUGCAUAUCCUGCCUUUUGACUCAGUGCGAAAAAGGAUGUCAGUAGUGGUUCGGCAUCCAGUCUCCAACCGAGUGGUGGUGUACACGAAAGGUGCAGACUCAGUCAUGAUGGAUUUGUUGGGAACUGCAUCUGAAGAUACCAAGAAUUCAGAAGUGGAAAAGAAGAACAUUAAAGAAAGAACCCAGAAUCAUCUGGAUGACUAUGCCAGAAAGGGACUGCGCACUCUUUGUAUUGCUAAAAAGGUGAUGAGUGAUGAAGAAUAUACAGAGUGGUUAAAUAAUCAUUUUUUAGCAGAAACCAGCAUUGACAAUAGGGAGGAGCUGCUGCUGGAAUCCGCCAUCCGGCUUGAAACCAAACUAACUUUGCUUGGUGCCACUGGCAUUGAAGAUCGCCUGCAGGAUGGUGUUCCAGACACAAUACAGGCAUUACGGAAAGCAGGAAUAAAAAUAUGGAUGCUGACAGGUGACAAGAGAGAGACAGCUGUCAACAUCGCCUAUGCUUGUAAAUUGCUGGAGCCAGAUGACAGAAUCUUCACGCUCAAAUCACAAAGUAGAGAUGCUUGUGCUUUGGUGAUGAACAGUAUUUUAGAACACAUGCAAAAAAACACUGCUGAGCAAAAAAAAGUAAAUCAGAAACUUGGGAAUGCCUCUGCAAGUCCUUCUACCCAAGCUCAAGGCUUCAGCGCAGGCCUGGUUAUUGAUGGAAGGACUUUAGAGCAUCUCCUUCAGGACAGCCUGCAGAAUGUUUUCUUGGAGCUCACAGAAAAAUGUCGAGCUGUAGUCUGCUGCCAAGCCACACCACUGCAGAAGAGUCUGCUGGUCAGACUGGUGCGAAAUAAGCUGAAGGCAAUGACGUUAGCUGUAGGUGAUGGUGCCAAUGAUGUCAGUAUGAUCCAGGUAGCUGACACUGGUGUGGGAAUCUUGGGCCAAGAAGGCAUGCAGGCUGUGAUGGCAAGUGACUUUGCAAUUUCUCAGUUCAGGCAUCUCAGGAAGCUGCUGCUUGUCCAUGGUCACUGGUGUUACACCAGGCUUACCAACAUGAUACUCUACUUCUUCUACAAAAAUGUGGCCUACGUGAACCUCUUAUUCUGGUACCAGUUCUUCUGUGGGUUUUCAGGCACAUCAAUGACUGACUAUUGGAUCUUGAUUUUUUUCAAUCUCCUUUUUACAUCGGUGCCACCCAUCAUUUACGGUGUCUUGGACAAAGAUGUGUCUGCAGAGAUACUCAUGCAGAUCCCACAGCUGUAUAAGAUGAGCCAGAAAUCUGUGGCCUACUUGCCUUCAACCUUUUGGAUAACCUUGCUGGAUGCUUUUUACCAAAGUCUUGCUUGCUUUUUUGUGCCUUACUUCACUUACUAUGGCUCAGAUAUAGACAUUUUUUCUUUUGGAAACCCUAUAAACACAGCAGCACUUUUUAUAAUAUUGUUUCACCUUCUCAUUGAGUGCAAAUCCGUGACUUGGAUUCAUACAAUAGUUAUAGUUGGCAGCAUCCUAUUUUACUUCGUUUUUGCUCUGGCUUUUGGGGCAACCUACAGAACCCAUAAUCCACUAUCGAAUCCUUAUCGGAUCAUGGAAAAGCAUAUGGCAGAUCCAGUUUUUUACCUAGUGUGCCUCCUGACUACUUGCGUUGCUCUGCUACCCAGAUACUUCCUGAGAGCUCUCCAAGGAACGUUGUUUCCAUCUCCAGUGUUGAAAGCCAAGCACUUGGACAAACUGAUCCCUGAGGAGAAGAGGGAAGCAAUUAAGAAAUGGAAGGAUGAACGCAUUGUAAGCUGUAGAAUGGAGUUGCAGGUUACUUCUGGGUCUACUGGCUCAGCCACGGGUACUGUAUUAAAGGAAGAAAGCAUUGCCAGUGUUGUACCGCUUUCUAGAAUACCUUUUCAUGACUGUUCAAGGGAUGAGUUAGUGGAGGAAGAGCCUGGGAAUAGAAGUAACUUAAACUCUGAAAAGACUGCAUUUCUGAAUUCAAAGAGAACCGAUUCAGAUGUCUGAUGUGCCAAAGUCUUUGCACGUACUAAUGAAGAGUGCAGCAGUGCCAUUUCUCUAGAAUGCAAAGCAAGUUUGAAUUCUUUGUUAUGUGCACAAAAUGGUUUAAUGUUAUUUAUAAAGUUGCAAUGUGAACCACUGAAAAUCCAAGAAUAACUGCCGGUGUAUGCUACAAUAUGAUUUUAUUUUUUUUUUUUUCAGCCAAGGUAGAUGAUGCACUCAUUUACCUAAAAGCUUUUGAGUUUGUAAAGCUUUUCAGUGAUUUAUUGAAGUGUUAAAGGUCUAAAUGGCUAGAGGUUUUAUUUUCUCAUGCAGUAUACUUUGCAUACUGCUUCUCUCUUUCAUGCAACACUGCAUAAUGCCUCCUACAGACAGGACACGGUAAAAAUUGUAGACCUACAGAUUCAGUUUAGAUAAAAUCCACUCUAUCACAAGCCAUGCUACUCCCUUGCAUUCCUGUCCCCAUUAUCACAGCAUUGCCUGAAAUUCAUAGCUUACUGAGAUAGGAAGCAAGCAGAAAGGCUCAGAUGUAGUCGUUUUAGAUUGUUUAUUACAAAACUUCUCUAAUGUUUUUAAUACAGUAAUUAUCUUAACCACUGUGGUCCAGCUCCUCCAUGACCAUCUCAGCAUGAUCCAAACACUAUUUAAGCCAGGAGGAAAGUGCCCUGGAUGAGACAUAGAAAUCCCAUAUCUCCUUCACAUUCCCACAGAAAAUCUUUGUGCAGCUUCUUGUUCUCCAGGGUACUUCAUCCUCCUGCUACAUCCCCUCUGUCUCCUUUUUUCCUUUCAUCUCAUUCACUACUGACCUUUUUCUCCUCACCCAACUUGGAUAUUGGCUGCCUGACUUUUCUCUAGACUUUUAAACUCAUGCCUGCCCUGGAAAAUCAUCUGCAAGUAGUGAUGGGAAGUUCCUGAGUGUCUUCAGAUACAGCAGCUUGUAACUAAUGGCAUUUCUCUUUUUCACUCUCAGUUGUUUUCACAUUCCUCCAGACUUUCAUAUUAAACAGCAUGAGCAUUGCUAAAUGCUGCUCAAAAGACUGUGUAGCCAUUUGUAUGCCUCAAAUUUGAGCUCUGUUGUGUAAAUGUCUUGGAGAUGUUCCACCUCUGCCAGUUCCCCACUGCUCUUCACACCAUGUAAGCUGAGAUGAGUGUGACUCUUUCUAAAUAUUGUUUCCUUUUUACUUUCCUGCCCAAAAAGUUAUAUGGCCAAUUUAUGGAGGAAUCUGUGAAAUUGUUUGUGUCUGCUAGCACUUACUGAAAUAAACUAUUUCCUUAAACCGUA